UUGUCCACGCAACGCUCCACCGAGCCACACGCGUCUCAAGCCAAGCCACGUCCCAGGGCUCCACGAGCACCACGCCGCUCACUCCGUGGCCCUCCUUGGCACCGUUGCGCGUGUUGCUACCAACUCAAGCUCAAGGCAUGGCCGACGUGGCAACAGCGCGCAGCAAAUCGAGAUGCUCUGUGGAAAUGCACACGCCCAAGUUCACAAGUCGCCACCCUCUCAUGCCCCAGAGAUACGUCAUGCCGUGGAAACAGGACAUGAAGAACAGGGCACUCAUCCUCGAGAAUGCGAAGAGAGCAGGUCUGUACUGGGGGCCUCACGAAGAAAGCCUCUUCUUUGAUCGCGCCCAAAGACUCUGCCACGGGCAAGGGGGCUUCUACGUGGAGGCACCUUUCUGCCUCGCGAUGGAGCGCUCUGCCCUUCUCCAACCCAGCCUCCACUCUCCGCUCUCUCGCCACCAGACUCUGCUCAAGGCGUGGAGAUGAAGUGUGUGGCAACGUCUCCACGUGCCCCCCCCCCCCCCCCAACUGCAUUGGCUUCAGAACACGUGGCUUUUUGUUUUGCUUGCCGAGUUGAUGUUGUUGCUUCCACGUGUAAUGCUGCCCACGUGUGCAUAGCAAGAAUAAAUAUAAGACUUCCAAGGAAUUUAGAUCAGGUGUGUUGCGUUCCAGCUAUUAUUUCAGAAUGUUUUUUUCAGUCUUUUGCAGUAUUGGAUACUGCAUAGGCUUUUAACUCAUUGGAAAUUGUUUGUUUUGCCAUUUCAUUUGAUCCUUGAACGAAUAUUUCACUUGAAUAUGAAUGUUGAAUACAGUCAUUUGUCCAUAAUAGAGGUUUUUGGGUUAGAUCCGCGGAUCUAACCCAAAACCUCUGUUAUGGAUGAUAUUGGUCGCGAAAGCCUACGUGUUAAACUGAGUCAUUUGUGUUUGAAACUGGCAUUGAAAGGACAGUACAUACUGUAAAGCUUAUACAAUUGAAGCACAACAAUUGUGAAAUAAAAUGAGUUGAAAACAAA